UGAAGGCUGAGGUACAGAGAGCAGCUCACAGACCUACCCCGUAACGCUUGAACAGGAGAAAAUGGCAUCAAAGUUCGAAGAAGAUCUUACCUGUCCUGUUUGCUGUGACAUCUACAAGGAUCCUGUCAUACUGACGUGUUCUCACAGUGUGUGUAAGGCCUGUCUGCAGAAGUUCUGGGAGACAAAGGGAUCUAGAGAAUGUCCCUACUGCAGAAGGAAAUGCUCAAAGGGUUUUUUUCCACCCAACAUGGCGUUAAGGAACUUGUGUGAGACCUUCCUACAGGAGAGGAGUCAGAGAGCUUCAGCAGGGUCUGGGGUGCUCUGCAGUCUGCACAGUGAGAAACUGAAGCUCUUCUGUCUGGAGGAUAAAGAAACAGUGUGCUGGGUCUGUCGAGACUCAGUGAAACACAACAAUCACAACAUUAGACCCAUAGAUGAAGCAGCACCUGAACGCAAGGAUGAGCUCAAGAUCAAACUGCAUCCCUUAAAGGAGAGACUGAAGACAUACAAAGAAGUUAAACUCCUCUUUGAUAAAACAGCAGCUCACAUUAAGACUCAAGUUCAUAACACAGAGGGGCAGAUCAAGGAGGAGUUUGAGAAGCUUCACCAGUUUCUACGAGAUGAAGAGGUAGCCAGGAUAGCUGCACUGAGGGAGGAAGAGGAGCAGAAGAGUCAGAUGAUGAAGGAGAAGAUAGAGAAGCUGAGCAGAGAUAUCUCAUCUCUUUCAGAAUCAGUCAAAGUCAUAGAAGAGGAGAUGGAAGCUGAUGAUGUCACAUUCCUGCAGGAGACAAUGGCAUCAAAGCUGGAAGAAGAUCUUACUUGUCUUUUGUGCUGUGACAUCUACAAGGAUCCUGUCAUACUGACGUGUGCUCACAGUGCGUGUAAGGCCUGUCUGCAGCAGUUCUGGGAGGGGAAGGGAUGCAGAGAAUGUCCCUACUGCAGGAGGAAAUGCUCAAAAGAUUAUUUUCCACCCAACAUGGCGUUAAGGAGCCUGUGUGAGACCUUCCUACAGGAGAAGAGUCAGGGAGCUUCAGCAGGGUCUGAGGUGCUCUGCAGUCUGCACAGUGAGAAACUCAAGGCCUUCUGUCUAGAUGAUAAAGAAACUGUGUGCUGGGUUUGUCGAGACUCAAAGAAACAUAAAAGUCACAACUUUAGUCCCAUAGAUGAAGCAGCACGUGAACACAAGGAUGAGCUCAAGAUCAAACUGCAUCCCUUAAAGAAGAAACUGAAGACAUUUGAAGAAGUUAAACUCCUCUGUGAUAAAACAGCAGCUCACAUUAAGACUCAAGUUCAUAACACAGAGGGGCAGAUCAAGGAGGAGUUUAAGAAGCUUCACCAGUUUCUACGAGAUGAGGAGGCAACCAGGAUAUCUGCACUGAGGGAGGAGGAAGAGCAGAAGAGUCAGAUGAUGAAGAAGAAGAUUGAAAAGCUGAGCAGAGAGAUCUCAUCUCUUUCAGAAUCAAUCAGAGACAUAGAAGAGGAGAUGGAAGCUGAUGAUGUCACUUUCCUGCAGAACUACAAGAGCACAGUGAAAAGAGCCCAGUGCACACUGCAGAAUCCAGAGAAGCUUUCAGGAGCUCUGAUCAACGUGGCAAAGCACCUGGGCAACUUGAAGUUCAGAGUCUGGGAGAAAAUGCAGGAGAUUGUUAAAUUCACUCCUGUUACUCUGGACCCCAACACUGCACACCCAAAACUCAUCCUGUCUGAGGAUCUGACCAGUGUGAGGCUUGGUGAUGAGAAACAGCAGCUUCCUGAUAAUCCAGAGAGAUUUGAUCAGUUUUUCUGUCUCCUGAGCUCUGAGGGCUUUAACUCAGGGACACACUGCUGGGAUGUGGAGGUUGGGGACAACACAAGGUGGUAUGUGGGUGUGAUGGCAGAGUCUCCCCAGAGGAAGGGAGACUUCAGAUCCUUGAGUGGGCGGUGGUGUAUGGGUUAUUAUAAUGGUAAAUAUAGAGUGUAUGCCCCACAGCCCUCCACUUUUCUCACAGUGAAGAAGAAACCCCAGAGGAUCAGAGUGCAGCUGGACUGGGACAGAGGAAAGCUGUCAUUCUCUCACCCCGAUAAUAACACACGUUUACACACCUUCAAACACACUUUCACUGAGAGAAUGUUUCCAUAUUGUAGUACUGGUUGUCAAGUAUGUCCUCUGAGGAUGCUACCAGUGAAGACCUCUAUACAAGUAGAGCAGUACAGGUAG